GACGGAGCGUUUUGACGCGCUGAGAGGAGGACAGAGCGUCACAUCUCUCCAAACGCCCAUCAAACUUUCACCACAGCCUGUAGUGAAGACCCUCUGAAAGAGGCCUGUUAAAGACAGCGAGGACACGCUGGAUUCUGGGAAGGCGGCUGCACGGCAAUGGAGACACUACUGACGAUGACUUUAGGUACAGUUUGACGCUGCUGUGGUUCCGUCUGAAAACAUCCUUUUCGGGAUUUUUUUUUUUUCAUCCUUUUUUUUUUUUUGCGACAAAGCGAAGAGAAUGGAGCAAGCACCCAGCGCACCGAGCCCCCCUCCCAAACCGGCCCAUCACGAGCCCAUCAGCUUCGGCAUCGACCAGAUCCUGGGAGCCGGUACAGAGCCAGAAAACGGGCGCACGGCUGGAAGACAAAGUGGAUCCGAUUUGAGCAGUGGGGACGGUUAUUACAGUUUAGGAAGCCCGACCGGCGCCAGCGCACCCUCUUACACCGCGCUGUCUAUCUCCCUCUCUGGGAUAAUGCCUCCGGUGGAGGCUUCAUACGGGGAGAGCAGGAGUCUAGGCAGCCGGGGAGUGAUUCGUGUCCCGGCCCACAGACCCAUGACAGCCCCGGGACCCCCCGCCCCUGUCCAGGGCGCUGUUCCUGGGUUUGGAGGGCUGUGCUUCCCGUGGAUAGGAAACAGGUUCGCCAAGGACAGAAUAUCAGCGGCUCUGGUGCCGUUCGCCGUCACGCGGCGGAUAGGACACCCGUACCAGAACCGGACGCCCCCCAAACGGAAAAAGCCUCGCACGUCCUUCUCCAGGGUCCAGAUCUGCGAGCUGGAGAAGCGCUUCCACCGACAGAAGUACCUGGCCAGCGCCGAGCGGGCGGCACUGGCCAAGAGCCUGAAGAUGACAGACGCGCAGGUCAAAACCUGGUUUCAGAACCGCAGGACCAAGUGGAGGAGACAGACGGCCGAGGAGAGGGAGGCGGAGCGUCAGCAGGCCAAUCGUCUCAUCCUGCAGCUGCAGCAGUCCGCCCUCCAGAAGUCCCUCAGCGAGUCAGCGGUGUCGGAUCCACUGUGCGCCCAUAACUCCUCCCUGUACGCCCUGCAGAACCUCCAGCCCUGGGCCGAGGAGAGGGAGUAGAGACCAAAACAACCGCGCUGCAAUCAAUAGGCAUCAUCUGUCAUCCCUGGGAGGAUACAUACAUUCAAUUAGGCCUACGUGAGGACAGUGGGACUUACUUUGAUCCAUGCAAUGGAGGGGAAAAAAUAAAUGUCGGAACAGGGAGAAAAUAAACAAACUGACGAAUGGGCCACAGCCAUUUGAGAGGAUGGUUGUGAAACGGGACCUGCAGCGAUGGUGAGUGAUGCCUGUUUUUAAGCGGAAACAGGACUUUCUUGGACUAAAUCUGGCAACUCUGUGGGACAGUGAGACUUUUCAAGUCGAUAGAGGCACGGAAACAGAACUUGUCGUUAAAAUGUCUUGGCACCCAUGUGAUUAUUAUUGUAUGCCUGUGCUUAUUCUGUUUAUUAGAAUAAGAGUGAGGGAAACAUUUUAGACCGAAAGGAGUUUUUUAAAAAUUCCCAGUGAGACACAAUAUCAUUGAUUAUUCUGCAAAAGCGUUUUCUCUCAACACAAAGAUCUCCUUAUUCUGAAACUGACAUUUGGAAAGGAUUAGUUUUGGGGGGAGAACACCAGGCAAAUAAAGGACAGACUUACACUUCAAAAAUGCAUUAAAAUGUGUCAGUGAGUCUUAUGUAAAUCUCUUGCCCUGUUUUAUCAAAAAAUACAAAAAUGUCUUCACAAAAGUGCAGAUAAAACUGACUAUUCCUAUUCCUAUGUCCUGGUGCUUCAACUCUCUUUUCAAAUAUAUAUAUAUAUUUUCUUUUUAAAUGUACCCACUCCAAGCACAAUAAACCACCACAAUCACCUGCACAUACUAUACACAGGUGUAGUGCACCAUGUUAUCGCCCCAAAAUGAUGUUCAAAUGUCACAUUAUGGGAACAGUUGUCAGGAUUAACUGGGAGAGAAGUGAGGAAAUAUGAACGAGGCUGUGAGCUGGGUAAUAAAGAGAGUGAUGCAUGUUCAGCGACGCCGGUGAUGUUUUUUCAUAUGCACAUUAUCCUGCUUUAUUUGUGGGGCCGUAUCCUUUGGGACGGAGGCACAGAUGUACGGCCCUUUUUUAAAUUUAAUUGUAUAUGUGUAAAUAACAGUGUCUGCUGUUAUUGUGAUCCUGAUGAUGCACCGUAAAAAAAAAGGAUUUAAAGAUUUUCAUACACAAUAAUUAUAAUCUAGAAAAAAGAAAAACAUUAUGGAGCGACAAGGUUAAUGUAGGAGACAUGAAUUAAUCU